CCUCUCGCAACCCACGUGAAUUCUCUUCUCUUGACAACAACAUGUGUUGCAACUACGGCAGCUCCUGUGGCUAUGGCUGUGGAUAUGGCCCCUAUUAUGGCUGUGGUUAUGGAACAGGCUAUGGCUGUGGCUAUGGUAGGGGAUGUGGCUGUGGAUAUGGCUCCUGGUAUGGCUGUGGCUCUGGCUGUGGAUAUGGCUCAGGUUACGGCUGUGGCUAUGGCUCCUGCUGUGGCUAUGGCACCAGAUAUGGCUGUGGCUGUGGCUAUGGCUCUGGUUGCUGUGGCUACCGGCCAUUUUGCUAUAGAAGAUGUUAUUCUUCUUGCUGCUAGAACAUCACUGUCCAAGCCACAUUUGCUUCUGAAAUGACACACCUUAAUAGAGGGCUGAGUCAAGGAUCCAUACCCCAAGAUUUCUGUAUCCAAGAAAUUGUAUGCUUCACAGAGGCUUUAACCACUGGUCAGCUAUUGUAGGAUGGCAUCUUGAGGCUGUAUAGUAUCAUCUUACUUUUUUUCAUAUAUUGGUCUUUACUUCCUUAAUCUGGAUUCUGCAUUGUGACCGUGGCAACAAU